UCAUAUCAUCCGUCUCUGUCUCUUCCACGUGUCAGUAUCUGGCAACGACGCAGAUAGCUAUUUUUAGCCUUGUUCCUGUCAGUAUUUUCUGGAAAACGUCAUUUUCGAAUAAAAUAUCGUGAGAUUCGCAUCGACUUCUCGAGUAAUUUAAUUUUACGUUUACGUAACGAAACGCUCACGAAAAAUUUUACUUUUAUUUGUGAUAUACGAAGGAAAAAGUGAUAAAAAAUGGCAAGACGUGGACGAUCAGCCCCAGCACCAAGGUCUAAUUUGCCAGCUAGAACUGCUCCAGCUCCUCCACCAGCUCCAGUGCAAGCUGCCCCAGCCGCACCAGCACCCUCCCAAGGCCCAGGACUUUUUGGUCAAAUGGCAGCCACUGCUGGAGGUGUUGCUGUAGGCUCAGCUAUUGGACACACUGUCGGACACGCCAUGACUGGACUGUUCAGUGGCGGUUCUAGUGAAGCUGCCCCAGCUCCGCAACAGCAAGCAGCUGCUCCAGUGCAACAGCAAUACGGGGCCCAGCCUAACGAACCAGCAGGACCUUGCUCUUGGGAAAUCAAGCAAUUUUUGCAGUGCGCCUCCACUCAGUCUGAUUUGACUUUGUGCCAAGGGUUCAACGAGGCUAUUCAACAAUGCAAAAUCAACCACAAUUUAGCUUAAAGAAGUCUCUUUUGAGUGUAGAUGAUGGAUGAAAUUUUAGUAUUAUGGUUACUCAAAAGUUGUAUUAGAAGCAAAUAUUGAAUAGAAAAAAUUUUGACCCAUAGCUAGAGCAUCUCUGCUCAUUAUUUACAACUUUGAAUAAAUAUUAAUUCUUUAUGUUUUUUGUUAUGUUUCUUUUUAUUUAUACAUUAUUUAAACAAUAUUUACGGAAAAUGUAACUACAUUCUG